AUGGGUGGAGAAGACACCGUGGAGCUCCUCUGCAUCAUCACCGGCUUCUCCCCGCCCACCGUGGAAGUUGAUUGGUUGGUGGACGGCGCCCCUGGUCACGUGACCGCCACCGCCAUGGCGCCGCGGCCCGAAGAAGAUGGCGGCACCACCUAUUGGGCCAGCAGCAGGACCAACGUGACCCGGGAGGAAUGGCUGGAGGGGCGGAGCUUCAGCUGCCGGGUCAAGCACCCGCCCUCCGGAUUGGUCACUGUUGGCCACGCCCGCUUCUGCACAGGUCUGGAGAAACUCAACCCCAAGCACAUCACCAUCCACAUCCUCCCCCCCACCGUUGGAGACCUCUACGUCACCCGCCAGCCCAACCUCCGCUGCGUGGUCACCAACCUCCCCAGCGACCUUGACCUCCAGCUCUCCUGGACCAAAGCCACCCCAGGUGUCCUCAGCCCGGACAUGCUGGACCUGCGAGAAGAAGUCAACGGCACCUUGACGGCCACCAGCACCUUGAGGAUCUCCACCGACGACUGGGAGGCCGGAGAACGCUUCACGUGUCGCGUGGGCCACCGUGAUCUUCUGGUGCCCCUCAACAGGAGCAUCGGAAGGUCACGGCCCCCCUCAUCUUCCUCCUCCCCCCCCCACCCCGAGGAGCUCCAGCACCCCACGUUGACCUUGACCUGCCUGAUCCACGGUUUCCACCCGGACAACCUGGAGGUCCGAUGGUUGAAGAACCACCAGGACAUCCCCAUGGACACCUACGUCACCACCCCCCCGCUCCGUGAUGGAACCCAGGAGGUCACCUUCUUCGCCUACAGCAAGCUGAGGGUCCUCAAGAGCAGCUGGUUGGCUGGAGACGUCUACAGCUGCUUGGUUGUCCACGAAGGGUUGACCUUGAAGAUGGCCCAACGUCAAGUGCAGAAGAACCCGGGUAAAUGA